AUGGGCAAAGUCAAGUACAUCCUCCUCGACUGCGACAACACUCUCUGCUUGUCCGAGCGCCUUGCGUUUGAGGCCUGCACCGAUCUCACCAAUGAACUCCUCGAGCUGUACGGCGUCAAAGAACGCUACACGGUCGAGGGCCUCCUCGAAGCCUUUGUCGGUCAGAACUUUCGUGGUAUGAUGGUUGGUCUCCAGAAGAAGCAUGGCUUUGAGAUGCCCCCAGACCAGUUGGAGGAAUACGUCAACAAGGAACUUGGAGCCGUCACCGCCAAACUUGCUGCCAAGUGUCAACCAUGCCCUGGUGCCCCUGAGGAGUUGGAGCGUCUGCACAAGGCCGGGUACCCUAUGUCGGUUGUCAGCACCUCUGCCAAACCCCGUGUCGUCGCUUCUCUCGAGAAGGUCGGCAUCGACCACUAUUUCCCCAACGCCCACGUCUACAGCGCUGCCACCUCGCUCAACCCACCUUCCAGCAAACCUGACCCCAAGAUCUACCUCUAUGCUUGCGAACAACUCGGUGUCAAGCCAGAGGAGUGCAUCACCGUCGAAGACAGCAAGAGUGGUGCCACCGCUGCCAUGCGCGCUGGCAUUCCCUGCAUUGGCUACGUCGGCGUCUACAAACUGGAGGAUGGUGAGGAGAAGAUGAAGCAGAUGGCCCAGAUUCUCAAAGAACAGUGCAACUGCAUCGAGAUCAUGUACGAAUGGAAGGAGUUCCCCAAGAUCUUGGAGAAGAUCGAGAGUGGCAACUGA